AUGACGACACUUCCAAGUCCCUCGCCGCUCGCGAAGAAAUAUGUGACGCGUGCCUGCGACAUCUGCAAGAAACGGAAAUGCAAAUGCGACGGCCUGGAGAUGUGCAUCACUCCGACUGGGUACACUCCAAUCUGCGGGAUAUUUUUGGAGGUGCAAACUGACGUUGCAGAAAUAGACUGCAGCUACAACACUUCAUAUAAAAGAGUGAAGAGACCUAGAUUGGAUGAUGGCCAAGUCCAAGCUGGGAGACCACCAAGUCAGCAUCAAAAUGAGACCAUCUGUCACAGCCCAAAUGGGACGGACGACGCCCGACUAUCGACAGAGAUAGAAGGAGAUGACGGCGACGCCAGCACCCACGCUUUUCUCAAAAGCGUCUACACUCAUCUGCAAUCAAUGGGACAAGUUCUUCCUCGUAAUCUCCAUCGGCCGGCGGAGCAAAUCCUCGAGGGCGAUUCCCCUGCAUCUAUUUUCUUUCCACUAGAGCGUCAUUUUGCGCAGGAGUAUAUUGAUUGUUUCUAUGAGCACUCUAAUGCCACAUACCGGUAUAUCCCGAGAUCGCAAAUCGAACACUUACUGGAUGGGUUCUACGCCCAGGAAGAAAAGGUCCUGCAGGAUGAUGCGGGUAUGGCUGUUCUGCUUCUCGUUAUGGCUAUUGGUUGUGUGUGGUUGGCCUCCUGGCGUAACCUUGACCUAGGGGAACAAAAGACCAAAGGUUCUCGACUGUUCAAAGCUGGAAAAAGACGACUCGCUCAAGUGGAUACCGUAUACCCACCGACCACCAUCAUCUUACAAGGGCACGUACUGGAGUGUCAAUUUUAUCUAGCGCUAAAUAUGUUUAACACAGCUUGGAUUUCGCUAGGGAAUGCUAUUCGACUAGGGCAAAUGGCCGGUUUCCAGAGAGCAAUCAAACAAGAGUAUAGCCUGCAAGAGUGGUCACGGCGCGGAAUCUUUUGGUCGCUAUAUAUGAUGGACAGGUAUCUAUCUGCAGCAUUGGGUCGACCCAUGGCAUUAGAUGACUCCGAUAUCACUCUUCCCUACCCAAGACCUGGACUCGAGGGAGACCUGGGCAAGAAUGAAGUCGGCUUGACGAAAGGAGUAGUAUCUCAUAUAAAGCUUACCCAAAUAACGGGCAAGAUCCUGAAGCAGCUAUACCCCGCAGACAAACAUUCCAGGGCCCAGAAGCGCGAUGAUAUUGUAAAUGAUAUCGAGCACGACCUUCAAAUUUGGCUGGAAGAAACACCCUCCUUCUUCCACCCAAAAGGCAAUGAUGGAAGUGAAGCCGGUGGCUAUUUGGCAUUUUUUGAGAUUCCAUGGAUUUUCAAACGACAACAACGGACUGUCCGAGCGGCAUUCAACUUCACUACCAUUCUUCUAUACAGAGGCUAUCUCCUUGAUGAAUUUCUGCAGCCGAAUGUACCCCGUCGCGGAAUACCAUCAUCCAAACCAGCUGUUGAGAAAUGCGUGGAAGCAGCUCUCCGACUGGCAUCGUUCGCCGCUGAUAUUGAGACAGAUGAGACAUACAACUCGGUAUAUUGGGUAACAACUCAUCUCACGUUCUGCGCCAUUUCAAUAUUGACGGUGUAUAUGACUCUCUACAAUGACCCAGAUCAGCAGAGAGCUAUCGAGACAGUCCUUGAAAAGGCCAUGAGAGGGCACCGGAAAUUAGACAAUAGCAUUAACAAUCAGUCACAGCGAUUACUUGAAGAGUCCAGGUCCAUUGCUCAAGCUAUUCAGGCUAGUCCUGAAUAUCCAUCGAGAACGCAAAGACAAGACAUCACAGCCUUACACCUCUUUGAGGCAAACUCCACUCUACCCAUUGACAACGACGUUGAAGCUCUAGAAGGUGACGAGCGCUUGGAUUCAAUAUACAAUGAAUCAGGAUGGGAUCCCCAGGGCUACGCAAACAUCCUCCACGGCGAAGGUCUGGGUGUGAUCAUGAACAUCGGAUUCGACACCUCACUGAGCCCUCUAAACGACAUCCUCCCACCCUAG